UUCCGGAAUCAUUAUAAAAAGAAUAAUUCUUAUUUAAUUUCUGUUCUUACUUAUUAUCAGGCUCUUACCAACCGAUCACUCUUUCCUUUUUAUUUCCGAAUUGGUUCUGUUACUACUGUGUGAGUGUGUGAUGUAGUAGUAAAAGGUUAGUUAAAAGAAGCAUCUCUCCUCCUAAAUGCUACCAGAACUCAUUAUUUCGCUAUUGCAUCGAUGCUCCAAAACCAAGGCAUUACGAAAUGGUCUUUCCCUUCAUGCUGCUGCCUUCAAAACAGGUUUGCAAUCUGAUACCAUUAUAAACAACCAUAUCCUCAAUCUUUAUGCAAAGUGUGGCAACCUUACCUUUGCCCGUCAAGUGUUCGAUGAAAUGCCUGAAAGAAACCUCGUGUCUUGGUCAGCUAUAAUUUCUGGUUCUGACCAGGCCGGACAGCAUUUGAUGGCACUUGACCUAUUUUCUAAACUACGUCUUGUGCCCAACGAAUACAUAUUUGCCAGUGCUAUCACUGCUUGUGCUAGCCUCAUGGCUUUGUUACACGGACAACAAGUUCAUGCUCAAGCACUGAAGUUUGGCUAUGCAUCCAUCUCAUAUGUUUGCAACUCACUUAUAUCCAUGUACAUGAAAUGCAGUCAAUGUAGUGAUGCUUUAUCAGUCUAUGAUAGUACACCCCAACCAAAUUCAGUUUCCUUUAAUGCUCUGAUAACUGGGUUUGUAGAAAAUAACUUACUUGAAAAAGGGUUUGAAGUGUUCAAACGUAUGCACCAACUGGGUUUUGUUCUAGAUCGUUUUACUUUCGUGGGAGUUUUGGAGAUUUGCAUUGAUUUAAAUGAUUUGAUAACGGGAAUGGUAUUGCAUGCCCAAACAAUCAAGCGUGAACUUGACUCUGUGCCUCUCAUUGGCAAUGUGAUAAUAUCAAUGUACUCAAGAUUCAAUUUGAUUGAUGAAGCGGAGAAGAUCUUUAGAUUAAUUGAAGAGAAAGAUGUCAUUACAUGGAACACCUUUAUUUCUACCUGUUCUCACUGUGUUGAUCAUGCAAAGGGCUUAAGUGUUUUCAGAGAGAUGGUGAAUGAUUAUAGUGUAAGCCCUGAUGACUUCACCUUUGCAAGCGUUCUUGCUACUUGUUCUGGUCUUGCUUCAAUUCACCACGGCAAGCAGAUUCAUGCUUAUCUAAUUAGAACAAGGCUGUAUCAAGAUGUGGGUGUUGGCAAUGCUCUAGUGAACAUAUAUGCUAAAUGUGGCUUCAUUAAAUAUGCAUAUAAUGUAUUUAAAAAAAUGCUCUAUCGCAAUAUUUUUUCAUGGAACUCCAUCAUUGCUGGAUUUGGAAAUCAUGGGCUUGGAGGACAGGCCCUAGUCCUUUUUCAGAAGAUGAAGGCAAUGGGGUUAAAGCCAGAUUCUGUCACGUAUGUUGGACUUCUAAUGGCUUGCAAUCAUGCAGGGCUUGUGAAUGAGGGUAAAAUUCUUUUUAAUUUGAUGGAGGAAACUUAUGGGAUUACUCCUGAUAUAGUUCAUCUUUCAUGUCUUAUUGAUAUGUUGGGACGGGCUGGAAGAUUAACUGAGGCAGAUGAUUACAUAAAGAAAUUUCCCUUCGGCCAUGAUCCAGUUAUUUUAGGGAGCUUGCUUUCAGCAUGUCGCUUGCAUGGGGAUGUUGUAAUUGGGGAGCGUUUGGCUAGAAAGCUUCUAAAGCUUCAGCCCAUGACUAGUUCACCAUAUGUUCUCUUGGCAAACUUGUAUGCUUCAGAUGAGAUGUGGGGUGAUGUUGCAGAAGCAAGGAAGAUGUUGAAGGGUAGCGGAUUGUGGAAAGAACCCGGCCAUAGUCUUAUUGAAAUUAAGGGAAGUUUUGAAAAAUUCACAAUAGGAGAUUUUUCCCAUUUAAGGAUUGAUGAUGUAAAGGACACUCUGAGAACUCUAAAUUGGGCAGUGGGUGAAGUUUCUUUGGUCAUUUAACAUACUCCUGUUUUGGAGAGUCUUGGGCUGGCAACUGCAAGCGCAAGGAUUCAAUUCUUGAGAGCGGGCACCUCUUCCUAAAAUACUGAAGGGUAGGUCCACACUGAAGCUACCACUUUCGAGGCCCCACUUGGGAGGUACCAAGAAUGGACUGUGAUACGUGUUUCAUUGUUAUAUAUACUUUUAAGAAGUUACUUAUAUUUCCUUGUGACUUCAUAAUAUGAACUUAAAUGCUA